UGUCGCCGUAUAUCAUGAAGAUGCUCUUUCUCAUGCCGUCGUCCUGUUUUCAGACACGCUCUCCUCUCUUCCUUCCUUCCUUUCACUAUUAUUUCCACACCAUUUCAACCCUCAUUUUUCUCAUCUAAUCCCAACACAAAACCCUAAAUUCAUCUUCAAAUUUCAACCCUCUUCCGUAAUUUCAUCCUUAUUUCCACCGAUUUGCACUCUAUCCAGCUCCUAGAUCAUCGAUUAACGUGUGAACCAACAAAUUAGGGGUUUUUUUAAUACAUAAAUUGAUGGAAACACCUGCUACAACGACCUCGGAUGCUUACGUCAGCAAUUCCUCUUCAUAAUUCAACUCUCUGACUUUUUUAUCUGUAAAUUUCAUCGCUAUUUCGACCCAUUUACAGUGUAUCCAGCUCGAAGAUCAUCGAUUAACGUGUGAACCAAGAAAUAAGGUGUUUGACUGUGUGAAUUUCGCAAGGUUAGGGUUUAUUUUAUUCAUAAACAGCUGCUACAACGAAUUCGGGUGCUUACGUCAGCAAUUCGUCAUCAUAUUUCAACCCUCUGAUCUUUUAAUCUGUAAAUUUCUUCGUUAUUUCGACUGAUUCGCAGUGUAUUCAGCUCGAAUAUCAUCGACUAACGUGUGAACGAAGAAAUUAGGGCUUGUUUUAUACAGAAAUUGAUGGAAACAGCUGAUACGACGAAUUCGGAUGCUUACGUCAGCAAUUCGUAUCCAGUUUCGUUGAAUGAUUCGUCUUCAACGUCGUCUUCUUCGUUUCCUGUAGUUAGGUUCUUACAAGCUCCUGUAACUACUUUAUUUGAGUACUCUGGGUUUUUGAGACCCAGGUUAAGUAAUGAUGAAUCCGAAAGCUUGAAUCUGUUAAAUAAUAAUAAUAGUAGUAGUAGUAAUAAUCACAGUUUGAGUGAUUCUGGCGGUGUGAGUGGUAACGAUGUUGUGGGGAAUAGUGAGGGGGAUGUUUCGAUUCGGAUAAUUGGGGAUGGAGAGCAGGAGGGGGGCGGUGGGGAUGACGGUGGUGAGUCGGUUGUGUUGAGUGGUGGUGGAGAGAGGGAGGUGGCUGAUUCUAGUGAUGUGGAUGGUAGGAGUAGUGGUAAUAGUGAUUCAUUGAAUCAGCAGAGGUAUGAUUUGCAGCAGGUUUCGAGGUGGAUUGAGCAGGUGCUUCCGUUCUCGUUGUUGUUGAUUGUCGUCUUCAUUCGGCAACACUUGCAAGGUUUCUUUGUAACAAUCUAUGUAACCGCUUUCAUGUACAAGUCAAACGAUAUUCUACGAAAGCAGACAGCUUUAAAGGGGGAGAGAAGAUUAUCCGUUCUUAUUGGCUAUAGUAUGAUCUUUAUGUUUCAUGUGGUUGGAGUAUACUGGUGGUAUCAGAAUGACGAUCUUAGCUAUCCUUUGUUCAUGAUUCCACCAAAAACAAUACCGCCAUUUUGGCAUGCUAUAUUCAUAAUAAUUGUAAAUGAUACAAUGGUUCGGCAGGCAGCUAUGACUUUAAAGUUGGUGCUGCUUAUGUACUAUAGAAAUAGCAGAGGCCAUAAUUUCCGUAGGCAGGGUCAGAUGCUGACGCUGGUAGAGUACGCCUUGUUGUUAUACCGUGCGUUCUUGCCUGCUCCAGUUUGGUACCGAUUCUUUUUGAAUAAAGAAUACGGAAGCCUGUUUUCUUCUUUGAUAACAGGGUUAUAUUUGACUUUUAAGCUUACAUCGGUAGUGGGGAAGGUUGGAUCCUUCUAUGCUGCAUUGAAGGCGUUAUCACGGAAAGAAAUGCAUUACGGGUCAUAUGCAACACCAGAAAAGGUAAGCGAGGCAGGUGACAUGUGUGCCAUAUGCCAAGAAAAGAUGCAGGCCCCUAUAUUGCUGUGUUGUAACCACAUCUUCUGUGAAGACUGUGUUUCAGAAUGGUUUGAAAGAGAGAGGACGUGCCCAUUAUGCAGGGCUCUAGUUAGACCAGCUGACAUACGGUCGUUUGGUGAUGGUUCCACUAGUCUUUUCUUCAGAUUGUUUUAAAUUUCAAAUAUCACCACCCGGGUUUCUGCUUGGUUAAGUCUCACUCUUAACCGGGGCUAUGGUAAUUCUUUUCAUUUUCUUCUCAAAUAGUACAGCUGAGCUUCUGAUAUGUGACACUCAGAAAUACGAUAUGCAAGAGGAUUCUUUAAUGCCUGCUGUUUGCUUGCAUUUGUGCAUAGUGAAAUUGGCAACAAAACUAGUGAUUAACAGUAACAUGGAUGGAGUCAUUUCACUUACUACCAUGGUUUGUAGUUUGACUUUUGAUUGAAAAAGGUUAUAUAAAGAUGUGUGUCAAUGCUUAAUAAUUUUAGUCAAUACACGGGUCAAAGAGUCAUUUCAUUG